UCAGUUGAUCGAAUACCCAGUUCUCUAAACUUACAACAUAAGAGUUGUAUGGCAGACAGAAAGGAGUAUUACUGAUGAGAUCUUGGGAGUAGAGGGCUCAACAUUACCCUGGUACACCUAAGAUAAUUUUUUUUGGCACACAUAUAUAAGUAUCUUAAGGACUGCAAGUCAAAGUGCGCUGGCUCCUCAGUUGCAGUUAACAAGAUGUUUUGGGUCUGGAUUUUGACAAUAAUACCUAUAACUUUUCAAACCGCACAUGAAUUUCGGGUUAAACUUCCUAGAAGAUGCGAGGAAAUCUCAGUUCCCUUGUGCGUCCGUGUUUUACCAUACAAUUUCACCCGCUUCCCAAAUUUGGUUGGCCAUCGCAGCCAAGUGUUGGCUAGACGAUCCAUAGACUACUACAGCUCGGUGUUUGUUGAAGACGCGAAUUGUGCCAAGCAUGCCGCGUUUUUCCUCUGUUCCUUCUACCUGCCCAUUUGCUUGCCAGGAAUUGAAGAGGGCGUCAUUAAACCAUGCCGAUUUUUGUGUGAGAAAAUCAAGAAGGGCUGUCCCGCGAUUAGGAAGCAGUGGCCAAGUUUUCUGAGGUGUGAAGAGCUCCCCAAGUUCUCGGAUGGAGUGUGUGUUCAACCCAUGUCGUUUGUUCCCGCUCAUCAGCCCGCAAGUGAUGUAAAGGAUAACUCCUGUGCAAUGGAGCUUCCAGUUGAUUACCAGCAUUACGCCAGCAAACAUUUCGAUUAUGUUAUUAAGUUCAGAGUGAUUCUGUUGGAGGGAGUUGGAAAUAAAGGAACAAUAAUCCACGGAAAAGUUGCCAGAGUAUUCAAGCAAGGAAACAAAUUAAUUCACACCGGCCGCAUAAAGAUCUGGAGCAAUACUAAAAAGCUUUGCCCCUCUAUUAAAGCAAGAAGAACGUUUCUGAUCUGCAGCUAUGAAAGCGCGUCAAGGAAAAAACUUGUGCUGUCAUCGUCAAGUGUAGUGUUGACGUGGAACGCACAGGCUCUCAAACAGAUCAGAAGGUGGCUGCGAUAUGAAAGAAAAAUGAAGCUGACGGAAUAAGCUUAUACAUUGAAAUGAUGACGAUGAUGCAGAAGCACGGUGCGGUUAACCUCAGAAAGCUGUGGAAUGUUUAGAGAAGUCUGCAUUAAUUCAAAAUCAAAAGACGUUCUAAUAUAAUAAUAACAAGAUACGACAACGUUCCGGUCACUCGAUAUACAUAUCAGUCUUGCAAGUCUGUUGAAAAACGCGAUUUUGAACAAGACAGCGUUUUUGCAAUCUGAUCCCAGAG